AAGAAAAAGGAUCUAUAUAUAGUGACAUAAUAUUGUUAAGAUUCUUCUCCCCCAAACAACCGAACCAAGCUCCUUAGAAACCCAAUUAACUCCCUUUCAUACUGCAACCACACACUUUCAAAUCACCCAAAACCUAACACCAAACGAAUAAACAAAAAAACAAACUGAAAAAAACCUUAAAAACAAAAACACAAACUCAAACCAUACUUUCUCAUCAAAUGUUCUUCUCUUCCCUCUCUUCCUGCUUCCUCUCUUCCAAACCCACCACCCUCCACGACGCCACGCUCUCCACCAUCCUCACCACCUUCAUCUACCAAACCCAAAACGGCUCCAUUUCGCUCACAUGGUCACGCUCCAUGUUGGGUCGCUCCCUUCACGUCCACCUCCACAACCACUCCUCCUUCCACCUCCACCUCAAACCCUGGAACAAAACCGGUUCCAAGAAACUCUCCCACAACACCCUCUUCCUCUGGAACCUAACCAAAGCCAGGUUCGCCUCUGGACCCGAACCUCUCUCCCGAUUCUACCUCGCCCUCCUUGUUGACCAAACCAACCUCACCCUCCUCGUCGGAGACCUCACCCCAAAAACCAAACCCCACAAACCUAACAUCAAGACGCAACAAGUUCUCCUUCUCAAACGGGACCACGUCCACGCGGCGUCACACCGCAGCAGGGUGUACCAGACCAAGACCAUACUCGGAGGUAAGGUUAGGGAAAUCCAAAUAGACUGCGACGGUUGCAGUAGCGAUGAGGAGAGUCUGAGGUUGGUUUUCUGUGUGGAUGAGGAGAAGGUCCUGGAAGUGACGCGGUUGAAGUGGAAGUUCAGAGGGAGCGAGCGUGUGGAGGUGGAUGGUGCCCACGUGCAGAUCUCGUGGGACGUGCAUGAUUGGCUUUUCGAAAAGGAUAAGGAUCACGGUUAUAGUAAUUACAGCAGUGAUGUGAGUGGCAACAGUGAUGGUGGUAAUGGUAAAAACGAGGGACAUGCGGUUUUCAUGUUUAAGUUUGAGAAUGACGAGGUAGGAGGCGGGAGUGGGAAGGAGGUGGAUGUUGGGUGGUCGAGUGGGGAGUGGAAGAAUGGAAAGAGUUGGUCGUCUUCUUCGCUGUCGGUUUCUUCUUCUGCUGGGUCUUUUGGAGGGAGUUCCUCUGUCAUGGAAUGGUCGAGCGUGGAGGAGAACGAAUUGGUCGUUCCUUUUGGUUUCUCUUUGGUGGUUUAUGCUUGGAGAAAGUAAUGGGUUUGAUGUUUUUUUCCUUCCUGAGAAAAGGUUCGGGAAAAAAAUAUAGAAAUUUGAUCUUAUGAGAGUGUAUAGAAGAAUAUAUAUGUUGUUUAAAUUGGU